AUGCAGGCCUGGUGUGCAGCUCGGUCGGACAUCUGCUUUGGGGCGGCAGACAGCAGCAGCGGCGAUGACAAUGCAAACAGCGCAGGCAGCAGCGUGGCGUGCUGGGCACACCCUGCAGUGGCACUGGCCGCCUGCGCAAGCAAGAACCUCGUCUGGCGUCCCGCUGCAGCUUUGGAGUCGCAGCAGGUGGGCCUGAGCUGCGGCGGUGGUGGCAUGAACAGGACCGGCCUUGGCAGUGGCAACCACUCCAUGAACAGCACCGCCGGCGGCCCUUUGCCGCCUGCGGUCGCGCCGCUCCCGCCUGCGGCACGCGGCCCCCUGCGCGAGUGGUUGGGUGCCGUGGUGGCGCUGCGUCAGGGCGAGGUGCGGCGGGCGUGUGGCGCGGAGAGUGCCAUAGUAGAUCAGGUUCUUUUGGUCCACCGAUACGACACCAUCAACACCUUCCACAGCAUGGAGUGA